UAAAAAAAAAAAAAAAGAACAAAAAAAUAGGAAAAAGUGUGGUGCAAGGGGUGGCUGAAGAGACUUCUUUGUAUUUCUCGGUGUGGGAAUCGUAGAAAAACAGAGAGAAGAAAGCCUGCAAGAGAAUCCAAGAACUAAAGAUGGUAAAGCUUGAGAAACGACGACGAUCUGCAUAGAUUCACCUUCUUUUUCCUCUCGAUCCCCAUCUCUCUCUCUCUCUCUCUCUCUCUCUCUGCAACACUUUCCAUCUAUCAAGUAGCCGUACCAUCCACCCACUCUUUCCACAACCACCCCCACUACUUCACACAUCCCAAAAACCCACAGAGAUCUACAUAGAGAGAGAGAGAGAGAGAGAGAGAGUGAUGAAAAAGAAAAGGGUGUUGCGAUCUUUGGGAUGACAGUUGCAUGGAGGAACGUGGGAAGUACAAGUCCUCCAAGAUAAUCAUUUCUCAUCCAUCCAUAGCUUUGUAAAUCCAAUAUCAAAAGAGACAGAAGAAAGGAGAAAGAGCCACCCACACACCACAAACAUAGUGGCUCUGUUCUUCUUGCUCAUGGAGUGGCAGAGAAGGAGACCAAGAUCCAUAAACAAACCACUUAUUAUUUACUGUCUCUCCAUCUUCUUCUUCUUCUUCCUCUCAUUUUGUGCACUUUUCAGCAACAUCAGCUCCAGCACACCUACAUGCCAAGGUGGCACGUGUCCUUUGUCUGCAAAUGCUGAUGUACAUUUUCAGGAAUUUGAGAAGAGAAGAGAGGAAGAGAGGUGGAUGAGGUUGGGAAGGAGGUUUUUGAGUGGGCCUGGAUCGUCGCCUCCACGAUGCUUGUUCAAGUGCGGCAAGUGCACGCCGUGCAAGCCGGUGCAUGUGCCAGUGCCGCCUGGGACGCCGGUGACGUCGGAGUAUUAUCCUGAAGCUUGGAGGUGCAAGUGUGGCAACAAGCUGUACAUGCCAUGAAAUUGAUAUGCUUUUGUUGUGGUUAAUUGCAUGGGAAUUAAAUACUCUUUGCUAAUUAAUUAGCUAGUUUAAUUAAUGAAAACUACUGAUGAGAAGAGAGAGAUAUAUAGAGGAUUCGAUUUGUGUAAAGAAUAUUAUAUAUAUUGACACUAAUCGAGAUCAUGGCUAUGAAAUUUAAUGU